CAAAUCUGCGACGAUUUCGUGUGUAAAUCGUCCCCGGCGGUGGAGAGCUCGCUGCGGCAGAUCGCGACGGACAUCUGCGCCAUCCGAGAGGACAAGCGCUCCUUGAACCCGUUCGCGGUGGACGUCAAGUACGACGACGGCGAACGAAAGUUCGAGGGCAGAGAGGGCUUCGCGAACCACACGUACAUCAAGGAUAACGUCGACGACGCGAGGGCGGCGGUGACGGAGAUGCGCAUGGGCGACCUCGACGCCGCGACGAUCGUGUGGAGGCUCCAGGGACGCAACAGCGGCGGCGCGAUCGACGUGGAGGUGACGACGACGCUGAGACUGAACCUCAUCACGGGCAGGGCGACGGAGGUGACCGAGCGAUGGGACCCCGCGGGUAGCGACGCGGGCGCCGCGGCGGUGCUGGCGUCGUCGCGCAAAGCGACGGCGCUGCCCAAGAACAUCGCCGACGCCGCCGCGAGGUUAGGGAAAUCCAUCGAGGAAAAGUUUGGCUCGAGCGACGACGGCGAGAUGAAGGACGUCUACGUGGACCCGAACGAUCCGAUGAAGUUCUUCACCAACAACAACACGCCGCAGGACGAUUACCUGCAGAUCGCGCUGUUCUUGGCCGCCAUCUACCUGGUGGUGAAGCUGCUC